AUGACUAUUAUAGCAGGAUUAAAAAGUCACGAUUCUAUUCUUUCAAAGUUGGACACUUUCAAGCGUAAGAGAAAAGCUCGCCUGGAAGUUGAAGAACUCAAUAAAGAAAGUCGUCAAGCCAUCGAAAUGGCAGUUAGUGCUUUAACAACUGACGACCCCAAACAAUAUCAAUUGGGUGAAGGACAAGAGCGUUCUUUUAUUGAGAAGUCGUCGCAAAUUAACAACGAACUAUCAGAACAUCGAAUUAUCGUGAGGGAUAUUCAAGAAGACAUAUAUGACGGUCAACUUCUGCAAACGUUAGUUGAAAAAAUAACGAAGAUAAAGCUCGAUCAUCCUGAGUUAACGCUAUCUAAAAUUGGACAGCUUCAACGCUUACGUGGUGUAUUACAAACUGUCAACGAAGUACUUCAUGUAUCAGAAAGUUGGGCCAGUCAACGAUGGACUGCCGAACGUAUUCAUCAGAAAGGCUUGGUUGCUAUUCUGCGCCUACUAGUUGUUAUUGCUCGUCAAUUUAAACCAAAAAUGCGUUUUCAGGCAGGUAUUUUUCUUACCGUCAUAAUCGCUCGCAAAUUAAAUGGUAAAUUGGAAUAUCGUUACGAAAGGGAAUACAUCACUGGAGUCACAGAAAUAUUGCCCGGUCAGUUGUUUCAUAUUACAUUGUAUUCAUUAGCUAUAGAUGAAAUUUCAUUUUGUCAACCGUCAGCAUCUUUUGAAAUGAAUAUACAAUAA